GCAAGCAACUCAAGUGUUCAUUAGCAAGCUAGAUAUAUAGCCCUUGAUCAAGCCUAUUAAGCUAGAACGACUUCCUUCCCAUCAACUCAUAUCAAAGUAAAGCCUUAAUCUUCCAAUGGCUGGCAUGUCUCUUGAGCAUCCCUGGGCCUUCGCCUUCGGCCUUCUAGGCAACAUCAUCUCCUUCAUGACCUACCUAGCCCCACUGCCGACGUUCUAUCGGAUCUACAAGAACAAGUCGACGCAGGGUUUCCAGUCGGUGCCGUACGUGGUGGCGCUGUUCAGCGCGAUGCUGUGGAUCUACUACGCGCUGCUCAAGUCCGACGAGUGCCUCCUCAUCACCAUCAACUCCGCCGGCUGCGUAAUCGAGACCAUCUACAUCGCCGUCUACCUCGCCUACGCGCCCAAGAAGGCCAAGCUGUUCACGGCGAAGAUCCUGCUACUCCUGAACGUGGGAGUGUUCGGGCUCAUCCUACUCCUCACGCUGCUGCUCUCUACCGGAAAGAAGCGAGUGGUCCUCCUCGGCUGGGUCUGCGUCGGCUUCUCCGUCAGCGUCUUCGUCGCCCCGCUCAGCAUCAUCCGUCAGGUGGUGCGUACGAGGAGCGUGGAGUUCAUGCCCUUCUCCCUCUCCCUCUCACUCACCGUCAGUGCCGUCGUCUGGUUCCUCUACGGCCUCCUCAUCAGGGACAAAUACGUCGCCCUUCCCAAUGUGAUCGGGUUCACAUUCGGUGUCAUCCAAAUGGGCCUGUACAUGAUCUACCGCAACGCAACGCCCAGGAUGCCAGCCAAGGAGCUGGCGGACGUCAAGGAGACCACGGUGGCCGACGUCAUCAAUGUGCCCGAGCACGUCGUCACGAUUGCCAAGCUCGGCACGCCGGCUGUCGAGCUCAAGAGCCGAGAGGUGCAAGCCGUCGAGCCCCCGCCGACAGGCGUGGCCAAGCAGGAGAACGGCGUGGCGGAGGAGGAGCACAGCAAGGUGGCGGUCAAUGGAAGCAACUCCGUCUAGACGCGUGCACAGGCAUGCGUACCUGGGGUCAUAAUCAAGGCUGCACGCCUCGUUCGUACUACGCGAAGUGGCCAAGCCAUGCAACUAUGCAUGCGCACAUAUGCUUGUAUGUGUGCUUGCACGCUAUGAAAGGAGAGGGAGAGGACAGAAAGAGAAGAUGUUAAGCCCCGGGGUUGUACGUAGUAUGUUUCUGCUGCUACUGCUGUCGCUGCUCCAUUUGAUUCUCAUUUAUGUAUUAAUUCUUAAUUAGCCUGUAGUUGUAAUGGUUCUUUGUUAUGAAGUUAUGAUUACUCUAUCCAUCUGUUCCAUCUA